AUGGCCUCCACCGCCAACGACACCCCUCCCUCGCCGCACACCACCGACGCCGACAGCCCCGUCGCCGACCUCAAGCGAAAGCGCGAAGACCAGCCCGACCUGCCUGCGCCGCCGUUAUCAGCAUCGCGCACCACCAAGCUCCAAAAAGACAUCCUCCACGUUUUGGAGAGCCAUGAUACGCAACCCUCAUUCCUCAAACACUCUUUCGCCAGCCCUACGCCCGCCGAACCCGCCACGAAAAAGCCCAAACUCUCAGGACCCAACGACAAGACGACAAUCGCGUCCAAGCUGAGCAGUGCCAGUUACUCCUCCUUACGACAAAUCAAGAUCGACGCCCAUGUUGUCGCUGACGAGAUCGUAUCUUCGAUACGCACUAGCGCCAGCGAGCGGGAGGGUAACAGCAGUGGCCGGCCUUCAGCUGAAGAGCUUAAGCAGAUCUACAGAAUACAGUCUCUGGAAGAUUACGUCGAGAAGCUGGCGGAUGAAGAGAUUGAGUAUGUGGAAGCGCAUGAGCGGAAACACGCAGAGGUCAAGGGAGAGAGUGGCUUGACGAAUGGACAUACUGAGGACGCAAAGUCGCAACCCGCCGGCAAUGGCGCAGGCACUGUGCUCACCCUCUUUGGAAAUGCCCCCACCCCAAAGCAGCUUUUCUCUUCCAUGCAAAAUGCACCGGCAGGACGCAAGGGCGCCGUCGUCAAGUCAGAACUGCCAGUAGAGGAGAUGAGCCUGCCGACCGGAAUCACGGCGACCAAGAUCCUGCCGAUGCCAGCAGAUGACAGCAAGAAAGCGCCGACAUUCGAAGAGACGUUCGCACCUCCAUACAGUCUACCUACCCUCCAGCCUCCCAAAGCCCACAAGAGACCUUCUACUCGCGAUCUCACCGUCACUUGGGAGUUCAAGGAUCCUGUGCAACGGAACAACAAGCGAGGUGGCUACACUGUACAGAGUCUGACAGUCGGAAAUUGGCUUGGUUAUGGUCGUAAGGAAGGCGGGGAUGCAGACUCGACUCGGGAAAAGCGCAAGCAGCGAGACCGUGCGUUAAGCAGCAGCGCAGGAGAGGCUGAACGUCUCGACAAGGCGUCCUUGGAGGAAUCACUAGCCAAGGAGGAGGAAGCGCUAUUUCGACGAGCGUACUCUAGUUAUGCGCCUACCUGCGACAACUCCAACGCCAUCAUUCCAGAAGAGACCAAGAAUGUAGUUUGGUGGCAUAAGGUCGGAAGCAAGCGGUACAACGACACCUUUGCCAUCGACCCUGCGCUGCUGGAUCAGAACGAAAUGCCCACGAUACCCAUGCAGACAGUCGAAGAAGUGAAACCUGAAGAUGAGAAUUUCGACAAGAUCCUGGAGGACCUCGACGAACUUGACAACGUCGAGGUCCCUCCAGAGACCGCCAAGUCCAAGACAGAGGUCGAGCAGGUCUUGCGCCAGGUUUCCGAGCUGAUCGAGACUCUUGCCUCCCACCAGCGCAUCCGCAACGCCACCCUCGCAUCGUCUACCCCUGUGGCCCGAACACCCAUCAGUCCAGCACCUAUCGCCGCCUCGAAGAUCGGCAAGCCAGAUGAACCAUCGGAAGAGGAGGUGGCCACCUACAACAGCCUCACCCGUGAGCUUGCGUACCUCAUUCUCAAACUACCACCAUACGCAGUUGCCAAGCUCGAUGGUGAUCAGCUGGCAGACUUGGGUGUCAGCAAACUCAUCACCCUUCAACCACAAAACAUUAAAGGUGUUAUGGAGGAAGAUCAUGUCACCCGACAAGCCAAGAUGUCCGCAAUCGCCACUGCCUCAUCGAUUGCAACUCUUGCCCGACCGAAUUCGUCUGCUGGCCAGCACUACAACACAACUGCCCAGCGUACUCCUGCAAUCGGCCAAGCGGCAAACACCCGCUAUGGGCAGUCGUACGGGCCUAGGACGCCCGCCACACAGCCCGCCUUCAAUCGCCAAACAAGCAAUCCAUCAUAUGGUACCCCUGCAGCCACAGCACCUCGACCUACUUACGGACAACCCAACCAAUACGCCCGUCCUGGCGCAACUGCAGCAGGAUACGGUCAGGCGAAUGGUCAGCAGUACUACCAACGCCCUCAACAAACACCAGGUGGAUAUGGCAACUACAGCCAAGGCUUUCAGCAGACACCGGGCACGCAACAGCGUUUCGGCCCACAGCAGGCUCAGCAGCAGCGCGCGGCGAAUGCUGUCGCGUACCAGACUAACCCAGCACAGCAACAGCUCAACCGCACGGCGUCUCCAGCAAAGGCGGCUGGCCAUCCAGCCGUUUCCAUGGCGCCACAGGGGCAGAGGCCAUUGUACGCUGCGCAACCUCAGCAACCCGGAUCAGGCCGAGCCACACCCACCAACUACCCAUCCCAACCACAUACGCCGAUCAAUGGCUACUCACGACCACCUCCACCCGGCAUCGCGCCCAGGCCGGCAAGCUCGACACCGCAACCGCCGCAACCCACCCAAAUGCCCGCGAUGGCACAAACGAACGGAACUUCGUGA